CCAGCACUGGUCACACCCCCGGGUAGCCCCGCCCCUAGAUCGCCUCCCCAGCGGCCCGGGUAGGGUGGCGGCUGGCCCAGCGGGGCCCCGCUGCCCUCUGCCCUGGAGCUUGGUCGGAGCGGGCUGGGCACGGCGGGACAGGGCAAGCGCGGCGUCCCGGGGUCUCGGAGGCGAAGAUGGCGUCCAGGCGCGCCCCGCGCACCGGGCUGCUGGAGCUGCGCGCCGGGGCGGGCUCGACCGGCGGGGAGCGGUGGCAGCGGGUGCUGCUGAGUCUGGCGGAGGACGUGCUGACCGUGAGCCCCGCCGACGGCGACCCUGGUCCCGAGUCCGGCGCUCCGCGGGAGCCGGAGCCCGCGCAGCUCAACGGCGCCGCAGAGCCGGGCGCGAGGGCCCCGCAGCUGCCAGAGGCGCUACUGCUCCAGCGGCGCCGCGUGACGGUGCGCAAGGCCGACGCCGGUGGGCUGGGCAUCAGCAUCAAAGGCGGCCGGGAGAACAAGAUGCCUAUCAUUUCCAAGAUCUUCAAGGGAUUGGCAGCUGACCAGACAGAGGCUCUUUAUGUGGGGGAUGCCAUCCUGUCCGUGAAUGGGGAAGACUUGUCCUCUGCUACCCAUGAUGAGGCGGUGCAAGUCAAGAAGACAGGCAAGGAGGUGGUGCUGGAGGUCAAGUAUAUGAAGGACGUCUCACCGUAUUUCAAGAACUCUGCUGGUGGGACCUCGGUCGGCUGGGACUCACCUCCCGCCUCACCCCUUCAGCGGCAGCCUUCCUCCCCUGGCCCCACACCCCAGAACCUCAGCGAGGCCAAACACGUGUCCUUGAAGAUGGCAUAUGUCUCGAAGAGGUGCACCCCCACUGACCCGGAGCCCAGGUAUCUGGAGAUCUGCUCGGCAGAAGGCCAAGACACCCUCUUCCUGAGGGCCAAGGAUGAGGCCAGCGCGAGGUCGUGGGGGAGUGCCAUCCAAGCCCAGGUCAACGCUCUGAUGCUGCGGGUCAAGGAUGAGCUGCAGGCACUGCUGGCAGCCACCAGCACAGCUGCCAGCCAGGACAUCAAGCAGAUUGGCUGGCUGACUGAGCAGCUGCCCAGUGGGGGCACGGCCCCCACCCUGGCCCUGCUGACUGAAAAGGAACUGCUCCUCUACUCUUCUCUCCCUGAGACCCGCGAGGCCCUGAGCCGGCCAGUCCGUACUGCCCCACUCAUCGCCACCAGACUGGUGCACUCAGGCCCCUCCAAGGGCUCAGUGCCCUACGAUGCAGAGCUCUCUUUUGCCCUGCGCACGGGCACGCGUCACGGUGUGGACACUCACCUGUUCAGCGUGGAGUCACCGCAGGAGCUGGCUGCCUGGACCCGCCAGCUGGUGGAUGGCUGUCACCGGGCCGCCGAGGGUGUGCAGGAGGUGUCUACAGCCUGCACAUGGAACGGGCGUCCCUGCAGCCUGUCUGUGCACAUCGACAAGGGCUUCACACUGUGGGCGGCUGAGCCAGGUGCAGCCCGAGCUGUGCUCCUGCGACAGCCCUUCGAGAAGCUGCAGAUGUCUUCAGAUGAUGGUGCCAGUCUCCUUUUCCUGGACUUUGGAGGUGCUGAAGGCGAGAUCCAGCUGGACCUGCACUCGUGUCCCAAAACCAUAGUCUUCAUCAUCCACUCCUUCCUCUCGGCCAAAGUCACCCGCCUUGGGCUAUUGGCCUAGAAGUCACCGGAUGCGCUAGCCCUGAAGAGGGGUAUCCAUGACAUGGCCUGAGCUGGGCCUCCACCGACUGCCUGCUCACCCCUGGGCUGAGGGAAGGGAGAGGAGAGGAACAAGGGCCUCUGAGACCCCACCCCUGAGGGAGACUGGAUUGGUCUUGGGGCCCGGGGCCCAGGACCCAGACCCAGGACAGAGUGGACUCUGCCUGUGAUGGGGUGGCCCUCCUGCUGCCCCCCACCACCAGUGCCUUUUGCGGAGAGAUAUUUUGUGUACACAGAAGCCAUUCCGAGUCUGGGACCUGCCCCUGUGCGGAUCCUGACCCCAGCCAACAGCUGAGCUGCCAGGCCUCCUCGAGGCCCCUAAGCCACCCCUAGAGGUCCCAUCUGAAGCUGGAGUCCCCUGGGGUCAGCGGCAAGAGAAACAAGAGGAGACUUUGUUUGUUUUUCCCCUCAGCCCUGCCACCUUGGGGAGUCUGGUUUUUCUCUUCAUCCUCUCUCUCCUCCUUACUCUUGGAUAAAUAAACAGCCUGUGAGACACAGGCAGCCUGGCCCAG